AAGGAUACUUCUCUCUUCUCAUUUUCCGUUGCAUCACUAUUAAUACAAAGUAUUUGAAUUUCUGACAAGCAGCGCAGCAGAGUGUGUCAGCGCUGGAGGUGAAGAUGGGGCACACUUUGCUCUGUGUGCUGGCGUUAUUCUUGCUGAGCAUGCUCCUCUAUGGACAAGAUGAAGGGCAGAAUGAGGAAGAAGGAAGCCACGCUGAGGACUCUGAUGUAGAGGACGGACCAACAGGUGGUGAUGCAGUCCUGGAGAGUCCUGCAUUCACUGUGUUUGAAGGAGACUCAGUGACUAUGCGCUGCAAACAUCGUAAUCCAAGCAAUGACAUGAAAGCUGCCUUUUUCAAAGACAGAUUACCUCUUGUAAUUGACACAAACCAUCAGUCACGAGGAGCAAAAAUGACCAUUCAUUCAGUCUCCAAGUCAGAUGAGGGCACUUACACGUGUGAGUUUGGUGACGGGGCAGAAUCUGAGGCAAAAGAACUGAGAGUGGAAGCACGCAGACGUUUGGUCACACUGACAGCUGAAGAGACCACCAUACCAGUGAGGGGCCAUGUGACUCUGACCUGUGAUGUGGAGGGUGCUACUGGCUUGGAAUAUCUAUGGAUCAGAUAUACCUCGGACUCUUUAAAAAAACCUGUCGAUAUUAAAAAUAGUUAUCAAUAUGUCAUCUCACAUGGAGGCGAAUACACCUGCCAAGGAUGGAGAAGGGAACCAGAUUUCUUCACAUCUCAAAGUAAUGCAGUCAUCAUUCAGGAAACUGUUUCCAGCAAAGCCACUGUGACCCUUCAACCCAACUGGCCUCAGAUAUUCAGAGGUGAGAAGAUGACUCUGAGAUGUGAGAUCCAGGGAGGUGGAGACACUGGGUGGACAUAUGAAUGGAGCACAACCAGCCCAAACACACCUCCAGCUCAAAAAGAAUACACCAUUGACAGUGCUACUGAGAACCACAGGGGACAGUACAGAUGUAGAGGUAGAAGAGACUCCUAUUCCUCAACACAGUGGAGUGAUACCAUUGCACUGGAAGUCUUGUCAUCCAGACCACAGGCCAGACUGAGUGCUGACAAGAGAGACAUUCCUGUAGGGGGCAGUGUGACCCUGACCUGCUCUGUGAACCCAUCAUCAUCAUCAUCAUCAUCAUCAUCGUCUGGUUGGACAUACUUGUGGUACAGAGGAGAUAAAACCUCUGAACCUCUGGCCUCACAAGAUUAUGUCUUCCUCUCAGAUGGACAAAUCAGUGUCUCACAGGGAGGACUCUACUGGUGCAGAGGAGGAAGAGGGGACCCUGUUUACUACACAGAGUACAGCGGUUCAAUCCGUAUCAACAAAAUAAUUUCCAGCAAAGCCACUGUGACCCUUCAACCCAACUGGCCUCAGAUAUUCAGUGGUGAGAAGAUGACUCUGAGAUGUGAGAUCCAGGGAGGUGGAGACACUGGGUGGACAUAUGAAUGGAGUACAACCAGCCCAAACACACCUCCAGCUCAAAAAGAAUACACCAUUGACAGUGCUACUGAGAACCACAGGGGACAAUACAACUGUAGAGGUAGAAGAGACUCCUAUUCCUCAACACAGUGGAGUGAUACCAUUGCACUGGAAGUCUUGUCAUCCAGACCACAGGCCAGACUGACUGCUGACAAGAGAGACAUUCCUGUAGGGGGCAGUGUGACCCUGACCUGCUCUGUGAACCCAUCAUCAUCAUCAUCAUCAUCAUCUGGUUGGAAAUACUUGUGGUACAGAGGAGAUAAAACCUCUGAACCUCUGGCCUCACAAGAUUAUGUCUUCCUCUCAGAUGGACAAAUCAGUGUCUCACAGGGAGGACUCUACUGGUGCAGAGGAGGAAGAGGGGACCCUGUUUACUACACAGAGUACAGCGGUUUUUCCAACAAAGCCACUGUGACCCUUCAACCCAACUGGCCUCAGAUAUUCAGUGGUGAGAAGAUGACUCUGAGAUGUGAGAUCCAGGGAGGUGGAGACACUGGGUGGACAUAUGAAUGGAGAACAACCAGCCGAUACACACGUCCAGCAGGAAAAGAUUACAUUAUUAGCAGUGCUGCUGGGUAUCACAGUGGAGAAUACAGAUGUAUGGGUAGAAGAGACGCCUAUUCUUUUACACAGUGGAGUGAUGUCAUCACAUUAAAAGUCUUGUCAUACAGACCAUGGGCCAGACUGACUGCUGACAACAGAGACAUUCCUGUAGGGGGCAGUGUGACCCUGAUCUGCUCUGUGAACCCAUCAUCAUCAUCAUCAUCAUCAUCAUCUGAUUGGAAAUACUUCUGGUACAGAGGAGAGAAAACCUCUGAACCUCUGACCACACAGGAUGUUGUCGUCCUCUCAGAUGGACAAAUACGUGUCUCACAGGGAGGACUCUACUGGUGCAGAGGAGGAAGAGGGGACCCUGUUUACUACACAGAGAACAGUGAUUCAAUCCUUAUCAACAAAAUACUCACAAACAGGCCUGUAGUGACUCUGCAUCCAAACUGGCCUGAGAUAUGCUUUGGAGAGAUGAUCACACUGACAUGUGAAAUAAAGAACAGAGGAGACAAUGAGUGGGAGUAUGAGUGGAUACCCAGCUCAAACACACUUCGAAAACAAAGCGAAUACAUGAUUGGAUAUGCAUCGACAUCAGACAGAGGAGACUACAAGUGCAGGGGCAGAGUGAGAGGUGAAAUGUCUUCAACAGAGUGGAGUGAUGCUUUCAGAUUGAGUGUAUCUUCCAAACCUCGGCCUGUCCUCACUGUGUCUCCAUUAUGGCUGAGUCCUGGAGCCUCAGUAACUCUGAACUGCAGUGUUGAACAUCCAUCUGCAGGAUGGAGGUUCUUCUGGUAUAAGGCUGUUCCCAAACUGUCAGACAACUCCUACAGCUAUGAGCUGAUACCUGGCAGCAUCCAUGGGACUGAACAGGAUUCCUACAUUGUUGAUGGACAGACACACACAGCAGGAUAUGUGUGCAGAGCUGGAAGAGGAGAUCCAGUGUAUUAUACUCAUUACAGUGGACCUAAGUUUGUCUGGUCUGGAGAUGUUCAUUCAUCUGCGUCUCUCACGGUGAGUCCAGACAGAGUUCAACACUUCACCACUGACUCUGUCUCACUGAACUGUGAAGGAAACUCUACUGAGUGGAGAGUGAAGAAGUUAACUGAAUCUGGCAACAUAUUAUUCUGCCAAAACUGGGGGACAAUGACUGGCUCCACAUGCAGCAUAAAGCGUUACCAGCCCAGUAAUGCAGUGUACUGGUGUGAGUCUGGAUCAGGAGAGUUCAGCAACGCAGUCAACAUCACUAUAUCAAGUAAAGAUAUUAUCCUGGUGAGCCCUGUCCGUCCUGUGACCGAGGGAGAUUCUGUUAGUCUUAGCUGCAGAAUAAAAAGAAAAACAUUUGCUUCCAAGGUGUUUUUCUAUCGAAAUGACAAACUCAUUCAAAAUGACACCAGAAGGGAGCUAAAUAUCUCUGCAGUGUCAAAGUCAGAUGAAGGCUUUUACAAGUGUGAAUACUCACAAAAAGUGUCAGCACAGAGUUGGAUGUCAGUUAAAGGAGUCUCCAGGCCUGAAAGCUCCUCAUUUCCUGUACCGGUGAUUAUUGGGCUGGUUUUUGGAAUUGUACUUGUUAUUCUUCUGCUCCUUUUGUAUUGCUACAGACGGUCCAAAGAUUCAUGCUUUAUCAGGCCAGUCCAGUCUGAGAGCACCAAUCGGGGCUCUGCUACAGGUCACAUGGUCAACCAGAAUGAGGCUCAACAGAAUGAAGAUCCCUCUCCUUUCCGUGCUGAAUCCCAGGAUGUCACCUAUUCAUCGAUUGAACUUAAAAACUUUGGAAGGAAGGGGAAACACCAUGAACCAGAGGAGAGUUGUCUUUACUCUGAUGUGAAUAUAGGAACUGCAGAUGACAAUGUGACGUAUGCCCAAGUCACCCAGCACAACAAAGGUAAAGCCAAGAAAAACAAAGGAAAAUCAACUGCCCCAGCAACUGAUGAAGCUGUUUAUUCUGAAGUUAAACCAGGAACCGCUCUUGGUCUGUCCCUGAGUCUACUUCUCUACUGUGGACAUGCUCAAGAUGCUGUGCUGACCAUUGAACCAAACUGGUCCACUUUAUUUACCGGAGAGUCUGUUACCUUCAUAUGUGACAUGAGGGUGGGAGAAGACACCGACUGGUAUUACACAAUCAAGAGGGAUCGUCAAGAAUUUAUCCGCUACAGCUCAGAUAAGAGAUAUACAUCACAGUCUCUAUCUACAGGCCACAGUGGUGAAUACCAGUGCAUUGGUGAUCACAAGCACUCAGCAUAUUCAAGAAAACAAAGUAAUAAAGUCUCUCUAACUGUAUCAGACAAAGAUGUGAUCCUGGAAAGUCCUGCAUCCACUGUGUUUGAAGGAGAAUCAGUGACCCUGCGCUGUCGACAUCGUACUCAGACAAAGGAGAAGAAUGCUGUUUUCUACAAAGACGGAUCACCUAUUGAAAGAGACACAAACCAUCAGUCAGCGAUGUCUUCAGAAAACACAGUUCAAGUCAUUUCAGAUGGGAGCUCUUACAUGUGUAAAUUUGAGGACGAAGAAUCUGAACCAGUAAAACUCAAAAUGGAACCACAACCAAAGGCCAGACUGAGCAGACACUUUCCAUCAGGGGGCAGUGUGACGCUGACCUGCUCUGUGAGCCCAUCAUCAUCAUCAUCAUCAUCAUCAUCAUCAUCAUCAUCUGGUUGGAAAUACUUCUGGUACAGAGGCAAUAAAGCCUCUGAACCUCUGACCACACAAGAUGUUGUCUUCCUCUCAAAUGAAACAAUCAGUGUCUCACAGGGAGGACUCUACUGGUGCAGAGGAGGAAGAGGAGAUCCACUUUACUACACAGAGUACAGUGAUCCAGUCGUUACAAACAGAGCUGUUGUGACCCUGCGACCCAACUGGCCUGAGAUAUACUAUCUGGAGACGAUCACACUGACAUGUGAAAUUGAGGAUGGAGGAGACGCUGAGUGGGAGUAUGAGUGGACGACACUCAGCUCAUACAGACCUGAAAAACAAAAGGAAAACAUGAUUAGAAAUGUGUUGUCAUCACACAGUGGAGACUACAGGUGUAUGGGCACACUGAAACAUGAAAAGUCUUCAACAGAGUGGAGUGAUGCUUUCGCAUUGAGAGUAUCUGAUUAUAUACCUCAGCCUGUCCUCACUGUGUCUCCAUUAUGGCUGAGUCCUGGAGCCUCAGUAACUCUGAGCUGCAGUGUUGAACAUCCAUCUGCAGGAUGGAGGUUCUUCUGGUAUAAGGCUGUUCCCAAACUGUCAGACGACUCCUACAGCUAUGAGCUGAUACCUGGCAGCAUCCAUGGGACUGAACAGGAUUCCUACAUUGUUGAUGGACAGACACACACAGCAGGAUAUGUGUGCAGAGCUGGAAGAGGAGAUCCAGUGUAUUAUACUCAUUACAGUGGACCUAAGUUUGUCUGGUCUGGAGAUUCUCAUUCAGCAGCGUCUCUCACAGUGAUUCCUGACAGAAUGCAACACUUCAGCAGAGAGCCUGUGUCACUGAGCUGUGAGGGAAACUCUACUGAGUGGAGAGUGAGCAGGUUUUCUGUAGAUGGCUACCUUGGACACUGUUCUUCUUCCUCUUCUUACUGGGGGACCAUGACUGGAUCCAGAUGCAACAUGGACCGUUACUGGCAGAGUGGAGUCUUCUGGUGUGAGUCUGAAACAGGACAGUUCAGCAAUGCAGUCAACAUCACUAUACAGUAUAAACCUCAGCCUGUCCUCACUGUGUCUCCAUUAUGGCUGAGUCCUGGAGCCUCAGUAACUCUGAGCUGCAGUGUUAAACAUCCAUCUGCAGGAUGGAGGUUCUUCUGGUAUAAGGCUGUUCCCAAACUGUCAGACAGCUCCUACAGCUAUGAGCUGAUACCUGGCAGCAUCAAUGGGACUGAACAGGAUUCCUACAUUGUUGAUGGACAGACACACACAGCAGGAUAUGUGUGCAGAGCUGGAAGAGGAGAUCCAGUGUAUUAUACUCAUUACAGUCGACCUAAGUUUGUCUGGUCUGGAGAUUCUCAUUCAGCAGCGUCUCUCACAGUGAGUCCUGACAGAAUGCAACACUUCAGCAGAGAGCCUGUGUCACUGAGCUGUGAGGGAAACUCUGCUGAGUGGAGAGUGAGCAGGUUUUCUGUAGAUGGCUACCCGAGACACUGUUCUUCUUCCUCUUCUUCUUCCUGGGGGACCAUGACUGGAUCCAGAUGCAACAUGGACCGUGACUGGCAGAGUGGAGUCUACUGGUGUGAGUCUGAAACAGGACAGUUCAGCAAUGCAGUCAACAUCACUAUACAGUAUAUACCUCAGCCUGUCCUCACUGUGUCUCCAUUAUGGCUGAGUCCUGGAGCCUCAGUAACUCUGAACUGCAGUGUUGAACAUCCAUCUGCAGGAUGGAGGUUCUUCUGGUAUAAGGCUGUUCCCAAACUGUCAGACGACUCCUACAGCUAUGAGCUGAUACCUGGCAGCAUCCAUGGGACUGAACAGGAUUCCUACAUUGUUGAUGGACAGACACACACAGCAGGAUAUGUGUGCAGAGCUGGAAGAGGAGAUCCAGUGUAUUAUACUCAUUACAGUAGACCUAAGUUUGUCUGGUCUGGAGAUUCUCAUUCAGCAGCGUCUCUCACAGUGAGUCCUGACAGAAUGCAACACUUCAGCAGAGAGCCUGUGUCACUGAGCUGUGAGGGAAACUCUGCUGAGUGGAGAGUGAGCAGGUUUUCUGUAGAUGGCUACCCGAGACACUGUUCUUCUUCCUCUUCUUCUUCCUGGGGGACCAUGACUGGAUCCAGAUGCAACAUGGACCGUGACUGGCAGAGUGGAGUCUACUGGUGUGAGUCUGAAACAGGACAGUUCAGCAAUGCAGUCAACAUCAUUAUACAGUAUAUACCUCGGCCUGUCCUCACUGUGUCUCCAUUAUGGCUGAGUCCUGGAGCCUCAGUAACUCUGAACUGCAGUUUUGAACAUCCAUCUGCAGGAUGGAGGUUCUUCUGGUAUAAGGCUGUUCCCAAACUGUCAGACAACUCCUACAGCUAUGAGCUGAUACCUGGCAGCAUCCAUGGGACUGAACAGGAUUCCUACAUUGUUGAUGGACAGACACACACAGCAGGAUAUGUGUGCAGAGCUGGAAGAGGAGAUCCAGUGUAUUAUACUCAUUACAGUGGACCUAAGUUUGUCUGGUCUGGAGAUGUUCAAUCAGCAGCGUCUCUCACAGUGAGUCCUCACAGAGUGCAACACUUCGCAGAUGACUCUGUCUUACUGAGCUGUGAGGGAAACUCUACUGAGUGGCAUGUGAAGGGGUUUUUUGAGGACGGCUACUUGCCAUACUUGCCAUACUGCCCUUCCAGGGGGACAAUGACUGGAUUCACAUGCUAUAUAGACCCUAACCAUCUCUUGGGCCGUACUGCUGUGUACUGGUGUGAGUCUGGAUCAGGGGAGUUCAGCAAUGGCGUCAACAUCACAGCAAAUUAUGAUGUUAUCCUGGUGAGCCCUGUUCAUCCUGUGACUGAGGGAGAUUCUGUUACACUUGGCUGCAAGCUAAGGACGGAAGAAUUACUUUCCAAUGUCGCUUUCUACAAAAAUGAUGAACUGAUUCAAAAUAAUGACAGAGUGGACCUGAAUAUCUCUGCAGUCUCAAAGUCAGACGAAGGCUUCUACAGCUGUAAAUACUCAGGAAAAGUGUCACGACAGAGUUGGAUGUCAGUAAAAUCAUCUGGUUCUCCAUUUCCUGUGCUGUUCAUUGCCGGGCUGGUUUGUGGAAUCACACUGAUUGCUCUCCUGCCACUGCUACUAUUGUGUUGGUGCAAAAAGUCAGAAGAUACAUGUUGUUGCAGGCUCAUGCAGUCUCAGAGAACCAAUCAGAGCUCUGCUACAGUCGAAACUGUCUACCAAGCUGGAAAUCAACAGCAGCUAUACUCCUCUCUUCUCCAUGGUGACAUGUGUGUCUAUGAAACAGUUGGCUCUGGAAACACUGGUGGUGGUGGAAUACAGGACGAUGCAGUGGAGAGCUCUGACUACCAUAAUGUGAAUCCAGAUUCAAUUGCAGGUCCAUAAAAAGAAGUGCAUCAUCAGCAAAAAAUCAAGAACCAUGGACAACGAAAUGAUAGACAACAAGGUUCCAGAUAUUUGGAGUCAGUACGAGUAUUUUUUUACAACUACUCACUUGUGUGCAACCAGUUGUUUUAAUUAUGGUAGUUUAAUUUAUUAAAAUGCUUUUCAGUCUUUCUGUAAUUUAUGUUCAUGGUUCAACCUCCAUUUUACAGGAAUUCUCAUGUAAAUCAGCAUCAUAUCAGUUUGCUGCUGUAGACUGCAGCUACACAGGCUACAGAAAUUGUGUCUGACUAUAAGGUUAAUAUUUUCAGAGGAAAAGAAAACAAGACAACAGCUUUCAUCAAAGAUCAGUCAGAUAUAGUCAGGGCUUCAUAUCUGUACAGAUGUUAUUUUAAGAAUCCUCACAUCCCACUGACUGAUCCCAAGUCUUUGUGAUGCUAAAUACAUUAAUAAUUAAAAUAGUCCAAUGUUUAUAUACUGUAGACUACGUAUAGUUUAUGAAACAGUUAAAGUGGCCAAAAAUGUGAAUAUUUGUGUUGCAGGAUGAUUUAAGGUGUGCCCCUAAAUUUUCUGCUUACAGUGCUCCGACUAAAAAAAAAAAAGUUAGUUUGGAGCCCUGUACAACAUUCAUGUUUUGCUUUUGUAUUUAUACUUAUUUUGUAUACUAUUAUUGCUAUAAUGUAGUAAUUAUGUAGGUUAGAUAGCUUAGAAAAACAUAUGUGUCAUUCUAUGUUAGUAACGGAGUUUGGCAGCAUGGCUUUUAUGUAUAACUUGUCUAUGCAGUUAAAUGUUUAUAUGCAUGAUUUGUAUUCAUUUGUUGUUUUUGUAUAAAGGUAGAUUGGUUUUUCUCCUUGUAGUAGUCAUCAGUUGUUUACUAUAUUCACCAUUGUAGUGCUGACAUUUAACAUCUGAAUAAAAGCCCAUAAGUAUUGUAAUAUUUUAAUCAAACCAAACCAAAAUGUGUUUACUUAUUUUUGUUAAGGUGGACAUAUUUUUAAAUAAAGCAGUGAGGUAAAACAUUUUGGUCAUUAUGAUACAUAUCAUUUAAAUGACAAAAUUAUAUACUCAAGACCGUUUACCUGAAUUUCACAUGUGCCUGACUGAUAAAAAGAGACAUCCAGACACUUCAGAAUGUGGUAAGAUAGUCACAUUUUUAUCAUAAUAAAUGCACCAGGCCCGAUAAAGAAUGCUAUGAACAGAUUUAUUUGCCAAUUGGAA